AAAAUUGGUUAAACAAGACCACGGUUAGCCUGAAGUUGUUAGCAUAGCGGCAAUAUAGUAAAGCAUACUCAAAUUGAGUGAAAAUAACAGAGAUAAACUCGUUUGUUCUCCCUUUAAAAAUAUUUAUUUUGUUAUUUUUUUUUGUUCGUGACGUCACUGGGCCAAAGCGCGUGCAGCUGUGUGAAGACCUCGCGCCGCCGCCACAGCUACACACACACUGUUUGACCGAAACUCUGCGCAGUCCUCCGGCUUAUUUAACAAAAACUUGGACUUUAACUGACUGGGACGGUUCAGUCGCUGUCGAAAAUGUAGCCGAACAGCGUUUGUGGCACGGGUCUUCACUUCGGCAUGCGAAACUGACGGCGUUCGGGCGAACUUGUCCCGGGUUUGGGAGCUAAUGUUAAUGUUGUUGUUGUGGUGCUGGGGGACGUUGGAGACGAGACAACAGGAGGGGAAGCAGAGUUUGAGCCGGGUUUUAAAUACGGUUUAAACAGACACAAAAGGUGACACAGGGAAGAACCAGAAAAGGAACCAGAAGAUAUGGCCGAGGCUCGGUCUGAAGAAGAGGAGGAAAGCCUCAGGGAAAACCGGGAACAAGUGGUCCGACGACAGUCCAGCAACUCUGGAGGUCGCCCUAACAGACGGAAACCUGAACAUCGUCUCAGCCAGGGUCCACUUUCCUCCAUCAGAGCUGCCUUCAGGAGAACCUCCAACAGGUCCUCAUCUGUCUCUGAGACAUCCAGAGACAGAGACAGAGACAGAGAUAGGAGGCGACCACAGAUCACCAUCCUGUCUGCAGAACCUCUGACCUCCACUUCCUGGUUCCCAGGACCCCCUGGGGGAGUAGUAGGAGACUUCCCACCCCCACCUCCUCCUGCUGCACAGAUCUGGGGUCCUACCAUCCCGGCAGCCCUACAGCCUCCUCCGUCCUAUGAGGAGGUGAUCCGAGAAAAGACACAAGAGCAGGUUCUCCCGCCACCACCUUCCUCUUUCCCCUCCUGUUCCAAUUUCACGACCACCAUUGCCACACAGACUGAGCCAGGAUCUGUUCCUGACCCUGAAGUGCAUGUGGUUACGAGGAGACCAGUGAGACCCCCAAGACCUCCUUUUCCUAAUCCCACCUCUUCCAGUCAGGUUGAUGACAUCACCAACCAAUCAACAUCCACCUCCCUGAGUUUGGAAGAUGUGUUGGAGACAAACGUUGUGUUUGUUGACUCUGUGACUCCGCCCCCUGCCCAGUUAGUAUGCCCCAGACCACAGCCUCGCUCUAAACUCUCCCAAAAUAGCAGCAAGAAAGAGGUCAAAGUUCAAACUCUGGUGAAGCUCCGUGAGGACAGUUUGGCCACGUUAGCUGCCCGUGCAGAAGCUAACGCAGCUAACCAGCAAAUCUGUCAGGGGAAGUACCUGCAGGAGCUGCUGGACGCCUUCAGUGCUGACGACUGGGGGUUUCCUGAGCAUCGCAGGGACAGCAGCCAAUCAGAGAGCGAGGAGGAAGAAGACGAGGAAGAGGAGGAGGAGGGCGACAUGGCCGCUCUCAAGGCCAGGAUUCAAGCCUUUGAGCAACAGAAGGGGGCAGAUGAUGGGAGCAACAGUGACAUAGCCAGUGAAAAAAAUGUUACAAAGCAACCUGAACCUCGACCACGCCCUCGUCUCCAACCAGCAAAGUCUGCGCCACCAGUAGUUGCUCCUAAACCAAAAACCUUUGCCCAAGCUCCCAAACAAUCAACCAAAGUAUUAUGUGAAGAUGGAAGUUUGACAGAUACAGCAGUCGACUCGGUCGACACAGUUACAGCACCAAUCAGAACUAUGGAAAAACCUUCUAUUGCGCCCAAACCUCAGCUUGCUGUAGAAACCCUGCCACCUACUGUUUCUGCCCCUGUUCCUGCUCCGAGACCUCCACCACCUAAACUCUGUCCGUCCUCCACCAGCCCUAAACCUCCACCAAGACCAGCAGUGGCACCGAGGGGCAUCACGGUGGCACCACAACAGGAAAAGAGCUCCAGGCAGAACACACCAACUCUUCCUCCCAGACCUUCAGUGGAGGUCGGCAUCAGUCCCUUGAAGACAGAGUCUUCAGUCACUGACACGCAAGAAACUGUUUCAGUGAAAGAAAGUGUUCGUCCAGACGUCCCGACCAAACCGUCAACUGUGACCCCAGCACGGAGAGCAAGUGCUCCAAAUCUGGAUUCAACUUCAGACAAACCUGCAGCUGUGGCCUCCAGACCACCAGGAUCAGCUGCUGCUGUGGCUCCGGUCAAACCUCCAGCUCCAGCUCUGAGGAGAAACACCACCUCCCUGACAAAAGCAGAGAGUUUCAAUGGUGCUGACACAAACUCCUCAGAUCCUCCUCUUCCUCAUCGCCCCUCAAGUGUGAAGCUCCUCCCCCUCCGUCCUCCACCAAUCAAGGCCAUUCCUGAGCGUCCUCCUCCUCCUGCCGUCACCUCUUCUCCUCACUCCAGCCCUGCUCCCAACAUGUCACCAGCCAGUCAGGGUUACCCUGCUCAGGGUCCACCUCCUCCUUCAGAAGCAGCCAAUCAGAAGCAGGCCCAGAGGCAGCUUAAGAAAGGACCUCCUCUGCCUCCACGACCCAAACCUGGACAUCCUCUCUACAAGAGCUGCAUGAAACAGGAAGUCCUGAUUGUCCUGGACAACCCCAGUCCUCCACCACCACCACCACCACCACCAGUGCCAUCAGAGCCUCAGCCUCCAGUUGGUUUAGUCAUCAGUACAUCACAGUGUCUCCUGGACAUGGACAUUCAGCCAGAGCCCGAGUCCAAACCCAACCUGGAAGAACUGAGUCUGUCAGAGACACAGUCCAUCCUGCCUGUACAGCAGCCACAGCACAAGGAACAAGAUGCUCCUGUCAGCGGCCCACGUUGCGUGGCAUUGUUCGACUAUGAGGGUGAGGAGGAAGACGAGCUGACCUUCUCACAGGGUGAUAUCAUCUCCCUCCUGGAACUGAUGGGGACAGAGUGGGGUCGGGGCCAGAUCCACGGGAAAACAGGAAUCUUCCCUCUCAACUUCACUGAUGUCACGGAGCCACUGCCCCAACCUGUGACGUCAGCAGUGGAAACAAGAACGACUGAUUCUGAAACGGAAACAACGGAGGACUCAAAGUCACAGGAUGAGGAGUGGGCUGUGGCUCUCUUUGACUUCCCUGGUCAGACUGCAGAGGAUCUGUCCUUUCACAAGGGGGCGCUGAUCAGAGUAACAGAGCAUGUGAACGCAGAGUGGAGGAGAGGAAUAGUGAAUGGGAGGGAGGGGCUUUACCCUGCUGCCUUCACACAACACUACGAUGCUCAACCAAUCACAGAGCAGCAAAACCAGCAGGUGGCAGUAAAACAAGCCAAGGUGAUGUUUGACUUUGUGGCAGAAAACGAGGACGAGCUAACUCUGAAGGUUGGUGACAUCAUCACUGAGGUGGAAUCUGUGGAUGAGCAGUGGAUUGUGGGAGCUGUGGGUGGGAAGCGUGGAAUUGCCCCAAAAAACUACAUUUCCCUCCUGUGAUGAGGAAAACUAAGAAAUGCACCAGUGUUUUUCUGUGUCUCUUUGUGUGUCUGUAUGUUUUUUUUUUUUUUUACAAACAGUUGUCCAUCUGUCCAACUGUGUAGACACUUUCAAUGGGACGUUUCUUCUGGUUGUUUCAUAGAAAGUCUCAUGAGGAGACAUUUCAGAAGGACGUCCAGGUGGGAUGGAGAGAAUACUAGCAUGAAAUGUCCUGGCGCUGGACAAUGGCAGUUGCACAUGUCUAUGUUGAGACAUUGAAGUGGAAUAGUUAGUUGGACAGCUGAACCUGACUGAGGACUUCUGGGCUGAAGGACCCUGUUGGACAUCUGAAUCUGACUUUCUUCUUCUGUGGAAUCUUUUAUGUGGACACAAGUUGGACCAAAAUAUUGAAGUUGGACAACUGAGCACUCAAAUGGUAGGACGCUUCAGUGAGACGUUUUGGUUGGAAGUGUGGAUGAGAUAAUAGACACUGGACCUGGUGGAACAUUUGUGGAAGAUAGCUGAGUUGGACACUUGACCACCGUGACUCAGGUGGACAUCCCAGUUGGACUGCUAAGCUGGAAGUUUGGAUGCUGCGUGUUUUGAGUGGACAGUAAGUUGGACAUUUCUUCAUUGGUCAAGCUUCUUCAGUCAAGCAUCAUUUUUUUUCUGUAUCUGAACAGAAUCGUCUGACUUCUGUUUUUUUUUUUUUUUGUUUUUUUACAACAACAACUCUUUAACGUAACGAACCUUCAAACCCAGUUGAACAGGGAUGAGAACUUGGACACUGAUGAGACACGACUCAGCACCUGAGCAGCUUUUGUUUCUGUUAUCAGGCAGUUUUGUCACAGGUACGACUGAAAACAAGUGUUGGUUACGAUUUUUUUUUUAUAUCGUUUACUUAAAAAGUUGAUGUUCUUUAGUGCUGAUGUGAUCAAGACGACAGUUUUCUUCACCAGUUCUACUUUUUUUUUCAACUCUCCAACUAUUGUAUUUGACUAACACUUGUUAGUGUAUAUCGACGUAGACGCUAAAGAUGUUGCAAUUUCAUGCAAUUUAUGCAAUUUAAUGCUGAAAGUCAAAUGACUGAUAUUAAUAAUGGGGACAUUAGCUUGUAGGCUAGUAUUCUAAGGAUUCGUGCACAUUUUUAUUUGUUGUUUGUUGUUAACACAAUAGCUAUAUAAACCUUUCUACAUCAUGUGAGUCAAGGCUUCUUAACACAUAACAUUCCAAAAGCUUUUUUUUCUACGACACCUGGAUCUCAACAUCUACAACAGACGGCAGUUCAUUCCGACGUUAGCCUUCUUGUCUUCAUUGCUAGCUGCAGUUAAACUGUGAUGUUGUCAUCUGUAUGUUCUCGCACAUCAGUGCACCGUUAUUUUUAAGUGAAAUAAAAACAUCUUACUUU